AUGGUUACUUUUGGCCCAGAUGAAGUCGGCUUAGCUGACCAAUCGCCAUGCGCAGGUGUACGGGCGGAUUUGAAGAUGUGUUUAUUAACUAGCGAUUGUUGCAAAAAGUAUAAGAAAACACCUCGAGAAUGUUUGAAAGACGGCUUAGUUCCUUCAGAAUGCUUACAACUAAGACAAAGCUUCUUUGAAUGCAAAAGAUCAUUGCUGGACAACAGGAGGAGGUUUCGGGGACAUAAAGGAUAU